GGGCAGGGGCCCCCCGGCGGGGGUGAGGCUGGGGCCCCUGCCCCUCCAGGACCCGCCCCCUCCGCUUUUGCUUUUGACACCCCGCUCCUCCGCUCUCCCUGGCCCGCUUUCGGAGGCGGAAGGAGCGGGGAGCGCUAUGGCCACCGGACUGCGCUACGCCGGGCGGGUGGCGGUGGUGACCGGGGGCAGCCGGGGCAUCGGCGAGGGCAUCGUGCGGGCCUUUGUGGAUCAAGGAGCCCGGGUUGUCUUCUGUGACAAAGACGAGGCAGCAGGUCAGGCCCUGGAGCUGGCUCUGAGGGAAGCCAACACCCCUGGGGAAGCAGUAUUCGUGCUGUGUGAUGUGACUCGGGAAGAAGAGCUUCAGACCCUGUUCUCCGAGACGCUACGUCGUUUUGGUCGACUGGACUGCCUGGUGAACAACGCUGGGCGCCACCCUGGACCGGAGCGGAUAGAGGAGACGACGGCUCAGGAGUUCCGAGAUCUCCUGGAACUGAACCUGCUCGGAUACUACACGGCCUCCAAGCUAGCCUUGCCCUACCUGAGACAGACCCAGGGCAAUAUCAUCAACAUCUCCAGCUUGGUGGCAAUCAUUGGACAGAGGGAGGCUGUCCCCUAUGUGGCUACAAAAGGUGCCGUCACCGCCAUGACCAAAGCUCUCGCCAUAGAUGAAGGUCAAAAUGGUGUCCGGGUCAACUGUAUCUCCCCUGGUAACAUCUGGACUCCCCUGUGGAAAGAACUGGCCCAGAUGACACCAGACCUCGCCAAGGCAGUGAGGGAAGGAGAGGCUGCUCAGGUCCUAGGCCGUCUGGGGACGCCGGCAGAGGUGGGGGCAGCUGCCAUGUUCCUGGCAGCGGAGGGAUCCUUCUGCUCGGGGGUGGACCUGCCUCUCAGCGGAGGGGCUGAACUGGGGUAUGGCCCCAAGGCCCUGACUCCACUCGUGUCCCAGGCACAAGGAAGCCCCUAGCUUCCCCACGAAACCCGAUCCAUCUGAAGUCCUCAGAAACCGAAAACCUUAAAUCGUGAGGACUCCAGACCUCCAAAAAUCUGGGAUUCCCCACCUCCAUAAACUUUUUUUAAUGGUA